GCGCGUCCGCAUGCCUGGGCGGCUGUGGGGCUCGAAGCGCUGGUCCCUGCUUUUGGCACGGGUGGGGUUGGGGGUUCCUGGGCGUUCCUUGUUGGCGUGGACGUCCGGGUCCCACUGGGGGACGCGCUGGGCGAUUAUUUCGGGAGCAUUCCAGCUCUUUACGUACCCAUAGCUAGACGUAGCUACGCCCGCGAUCGGGGACGGCCGGGUCCUAGUGCCCGCCGGAGCCCCGGAGCCGGCGGAGGCCCAGGCCCGAGCGUAGGGCGAGCCCGCCGCGCCGAGCCGGCCGCCGGGCGCCCAUGGCCGGACGCUCCCUGGGAAAGGCUUUAGCCACGGUGUCCUUGUCAGUGGCCCUCGCGUCCGUGACUGUCAGGUCCUCAGGCGGUCGCAGCAUCCCCGUGUCCAGAAAUUCAUUUUCAUCUUGUGGGUCCCACCUCAACGGUGACAACAUGUCUGGCUGUAAUGGUGCCAAAGACAAUUCCCACAACAAGGCUCGGACAUCUCCUUACCCAGGUUCCAAGGUUGAACGAAGCCAGGUACCUAAUGAGAAAGUAGGCUGGGUUGUUGAGUGGCAAGACUAUAACCCCGUGGAGUACACUGCAGUCUCUGUUUUGGCUGGGCCCAGGUGGGCAGAUCCUCAAAUCAGUGAAAGUAACUUUUCUCCUAAGUUUAAUGAAAAAGAUGGACAUGUUGAGAGAAAGAGCCAGAAUGGACUGUAUGAGAUUGAAAACGGAAGACCUCGAAAUCCUGCAGGGCGGACAGGACUGGUUGGCCGUGGGCUCUUGGGAAGAUGGGGUCCAAAUCAUGCUGCAGACCCCAUUAUCACCAGGUGGAAACGGGAUAGCAGUGGAAAUAAAAUCACACACCCUGUUUCUGGGAAGUGCAUCUUACAGUUUGUCGCCAUAAAAAGGAAAGACUGCGGAGAGUGGGCAAUCCCAGGGGGGAUGGUAGACCCUGGAGAAAAGAUUAGUGCCACACUGAAAAGAGAAUUUGGUGAGGAAGCUCUCAACUCCUUACAGAAGUCCAGUGCUGAGAAGAGAGAAAUAGAGGAACAGUUGCACAAGCUCUUCAGUCAAGAACAUCUAGUGAUAUAUAAGGGAUAUGUUGAUGAUCCUCGAAACACUGAUAAUGCAUGGAUGGAGACAGAAGCUGUGAACUACCAUGAUGAAACAGGAGAAAUAAUGGACAAUAUUAACCUGGAGGCUGGAGAUGAUGCUGGAAAAGUGAAGUGGGUGGACAUCAGUGAUCAACUCAAGCUUUAUGCCAGCCACUCUCAGUUCAUCAGACUUGUGGCAGAGAAACGAGAUGCGCACUGGAGUGAGGACUCAGAAGCUGACUGCCAUGGGCUAUAGCGUGUCUCCAUGUAAGCCAAAGGCCAACAAGGAGCAUGUGAUGAACAAGGCAAUACCAAUAACACAGAACUCACACUACACAAAGGUCACUUGGAAAUUACUUCAUUCACUUUCAAAGUGUUUAUAUUUAGGAAGUUUUUGUGGCAGAAUAAAAGGAGAAAUAUGAUGAAAUAGAGCAACAAAUUUUCAGUUUUUUUCUUGUCAAAAAGGUUAGAAAUAGUCAGAUUUUGUAUAUAUUCUGUGUAAGCAUGUUUAAACCAAAUUUAAGUAACUGAUUCUUUUUGAAGAAUUGCAAAUACAAUAAAAAUAGAUUCUCAA